CCUUCCUCUCCUGGCAGCGGUUUCAGUUUUACUGGUAUCAGAGCUCUUAAUGAUUUUAAUCAGCUGUCAGAGCCUGAGACUGAAGCCCCAUACUUUACUACACAUCAUAAAUCACAGCCUCGGCUGUACUGAGGAGCUCGCAGCGCUGCCGGUGUUCUGCGGGGUUUCUGGCGGGCGGGUUCAGCAGAAUGAAGGUGAGGAAAGUUGGCCCGGUUGUUUUGAGCAUCGAGCAGGCGGAGGGGGUGGGAGCCCGAGUCCGGAGGAGCAUCGGCCGCACAGAGCUGAAGAAUUUGGACCCGUUUCUGAUGCUGGAUGAGUUUCGUGUGAGCAAACCUGCUGGAUUUCCUGAUCACCCUCAUCGGGGAUUUGAGACGGUAACAUAUCUCCUCAGUGGUGUCUCAGCUCAUGAGGAUUUCUGUGGACACUCUGGGAAGCUUGAAGCCGGGGAUUUGCAGUGGAUGACUGCAGGACGAGGGGUGGUCCAUGCAGAGAUGCCUCAGUCAGAGGAGCCAAUAUGUGGCCUGCAGCUCUGGGUGAACCUGCGGAAGGCAGAUAAGAUGGUGGAGCCCCAGUACCAGGAACUGAAGAGCAAACAGAUUCCCAAGCCCAGCAAAGAUGGGGUGACCGUGGCCGUGAUAUCGGGAGAGGCCCUCGGGGUGAAGUCCAAGAUUUACACCAGAACUCCAACAACUUUUCUCGACUUCAGACUUUCAGAGGGUGCAAAACAUGUGCAACCAAUAUCUUCAGGUUGGACUGCUUUUAUCUACACUCUCUCGGGAUCCGUGCACACUGGACCAGAUGAAGAUCUGAGGGAAAUUCAGCCUCACCACACUGUGGUGUUUGAAGAUGGUGACUGUGUCAAAUUCGAAAAUAAGGCAUCUGAGGAGGCACACUUUGUGCUGAUUGCAGGAGAACCCAUUAAGGAACCAGUGGUACAGCAUGGUCCUUUUGUCAUGACCACACACGAGGAGAUCGAGCAGACCAUCAGGGACUACAGGACGGGCACGAAUGGAUUUGAAAGGGCCAAACACUGGCAAUCCAAAAUAGGUGGACGCGUCUAAGUCUGCCUCUCCAUUAUUCCAGAUUUAUGCACAUUAAUAUAUUGUGAUGAAAGAUUUACAUUUUUAAUCAGUGUGUUUUUUGUAUGCAUUAGAUUCAGGUACUGAAUUACAUUUAGAUAUAAAAUCUAUGUAUUUAUUCAGCUUGUUUGAUCUUAAUGAUGAAUACUCCUCCUUUGAAAUACUUCUUCAGAUAAUCAGGCUUGCUUUGAGCGUAAUUGUUACAUCAAUAGUCAUCAUGCCAUCAUUUCCCAUAAAUGACCAAGUAAUUGGGAAUCUGUUUAUGUAAUCCUGUUUUAUGAUGCAAUCAUAUUGCUUUUUUUGAGAAGCAUUUGAGGUGAACUGUCUAAAUCUUCCAAGGCGUGUAGCUCCAUUUACAAGCCAUUAAACUGCAUCAGAACCUC